AUGGAAAGACCGUCCCUCCUCCUCCUGCCCCCCGAAAUCACCGACCUAAUCUUCUCAACCAUCCCCAUUCACGACUCCACAAAACUCCGCCUCCUCUGCAAAUCCUACAACCACCGUUUCCAAUCCCACUUCAGAACAAAAAUCUUCACUUACCUCCGUCUGAACACCCAUCCAUCGACCAUCCACCACCUCUCCAAGAUCACACAAUCAGGAGUAGGACCAUGGAUUCAACAUAUAACAUUCUCUUCAAAGCCGUUAUCGAAGUUAAACCCAAAUAUAUCAUUAUCUUCUCCAUCGGAUGAUCAUGAAAAUGAUUAUAAUACAUCUUCAAAAUACUUACCGCCACCACCACCACCCAACGACCUAACAGAAAUCCUAAACCACCUUCCAAACCUCCGACUCAUCGACUUCGAUGGCAGCUGUAAUAUAACAAAUUGGAAAGAAAUCAUAUCAUCCAUUUCCAAAUCCCAAGUCUCCGCAAUAGAAACCCUAAGAAGUCCUCCCGGGAAAAUGCUGGUGUCGGGAUUAUUACUAUCACCAUCUGAAAUGGAACAAUACUCUUAUGGCAGCUUCGACAGGUUAAAAACAUUGGAGAUGCAUACGGAGGGUAUGCCGAUGCAAAACUUUUGGUCAUGGAUAUCGAUAAUCGGGAGGAAUUGUCUCGAAGACCUGACCAUUCGAAACUCUCGUAACGAUAUCGAUAAUGAUAUCAAUAGUAUCAUUGAUAAUCAUCAUCAAAACUCCAUAUCUGCAAACCCGGAUCACAUCGACAACUUCCUCCCCCAAACCUUCAACCUCCCUCAUCUAAAAAGACUACACCUAGACGACCUCUACCUAACAGUCAAAGAUAUAACCAACCACCUCCUACCCUCCCACAUAUCCUCUCAAUUCGAAAAACUAAACCUCACAAAAUGCCAUCUACUACCAAACGACCCGGCUCAAAACUGGUUUAUAAUACUAACCCACCUGAAAACUCACACCUUUCCAAAACUAACCUACUUGAAACUCUCCCUCAGCGGGUACUACAACGGAAUAACAACCUACGACCUACCGGAUCUAAAAUUCAACACGAACGAAAUAAUCAUCUCCAGCGCCGGCAAAACCGCAAAACCCUGGAAUCAAAGGAAUACAAAAUGUGAAGUAAAAUUACGGUCAGGUGAAUGGAAUACUUAUGUGGUUAGGAAGAGUCUUUGGGAGGAACUUGAUAGAGUUAUGAGGGAUGGAUUAGGGGAGGAAGUGUUUUGGGAGUCUUUGACGAACGGGAAGUGGACGUCGGAUAGAGCGACCAGGUUGAAGAGGAUUAUUAAGGUGGGAGAGGUCUCGAGGUUGGAGUAUGGAGAACGGGGGGAUCCGAGGCUUUGGGAAAGGAUUAGGGCGAUUAGUAGGGAAGUUGAUUCGGACUGUGAGGAUGUAUGGUAUUAA